AUGUUUGUACAGAAGAGUAGAAUAGUUGACAAAUAUUUAGCUGAACUCCAGCCGAAUGUGACAUUCAUUUUACGGCCGGGACGUCCACCCAAAAGAAGUUCAGUGACUGGUAUUGUAAGCCCAGUGCCGGCAUCUUUCACUGGAGGCACUCCACAACAUAAUGCGGUGCCAUUCCUCGGAUACCCAACAGCUAAAAAGCCCCGUUUCAGCGAUGAUACUGAUUAUGGCAGUGAAAAUUUGGAUCUAAAGCAACACAAUUCAGUCAAUACCAACACAAACGGCAACUCAACCGCUGCUACGGCCGCUGCUAUGUUGGCCGCCAAUGGAUAUUCGGCUGCCUUUCCCUUCUUACAGCACUUCAGUGGCGGAUCCACUCCUACACCUCAACAACAGCAACAACUCGUGGCCGCUGCUGCAGCACUUGGCCUCCCUGGCCUCCCACCCAGAUGCAAGAGAUGUGUGAGAGAUGCUGUGCUGAUGCUGGUACUGGUGCUCAUUAGAUUCAGAGUGCACUGUAUGCCAAUUUUCAAACUCGAGUCCACCUCCGGCUAUAGCCUCACAUCACGGAAACAAUGGGACCGCGGGGUCGGACAGCACUGGCGUCGGAUCGGACUUUAA